AUGAGUACUUACACCAGGGGCAGAGAGCUGAAGGUGGUUCACGACGUGGCUUCGCCAGACACCACCGCCCAGACUCCAGGCAUGAUCCGCAAGCCCGGCAUUGACAGCAACACCGCAGGGGCAGAGAAGAUCUGGCUUGGUCACGUGGAAUGCGUGCCGAACACCAUGGGCCCGCCGCACAAUCACGGUGAGGCCGAGACUGCGGCGUAUGUGCUGAAAGGGCAUAUCCGGGUCUACUACGGGGAAGGCUUCAAGGAGUACAUGGAAGCCGGACCAGGGGACUUCAUAUUUGUUCCGGCGCACUUCGACCACAUCGAAGGCAACCCUUACGAUGAACCGGCCGAGGCGGUGCUGUCGCGAGGUCCGGACAAUAUCGUGAUCAACCUGGACGAGUAA